AUGUUUUCGGCUUCUGGAUCCGCAUUGCCAUCGAUUUGGGGAAGAAGGGAGGUGGAUUUAGCUUACCUAGAUUCUGGCUUCGACGAAUGCAGUAGCAGCAAGCCCAGAUCUGGUACUGCUGCCGCAGUUACAGCAACAUCAUCCUUGUCGCCCAUUCUCCGUCUCUUGCUUUUGAUGCUCGUACAGGCUUUAUCCGGAGCCUCAACGUCGACGGGAGCGAGUUCUAGGACUACCUCCGACACUAUCGCCAUUGGAAUAAGCAAAACAUCCACUACUCCUAUCCGCCUCACCAUUAUUUCCCAGGUUGCAAGGAUGCAUUACCAGAGUUGA